AUGUCAAGGGCAAGACUCAACAGGACUCAGCAGUCUGAAAAACCGUACUCAGUAACCACCAGAGUCUUAAAGCUGAAAGUUGAAUGUACCGCUCAGCGAGGGCAGUAUUGGACUUCACCCAUAGGAAAUGUACCAGAGCCCAUCCCAAUUGCACCAGAGAAGCUAGAAGCACACAACUCAGGAGCAGAUGCCCAGGCAGCCAUGGACACAGGGCCCAGCACCAGCGCCCAAUAUUCCAGGACCCAGAAGGCCAAAGGGCAGCCCAACAGGCUUCCUAAAGGAGCCAAUGGCCAUGAAGCCACCAAUGAUGCUGGUCAAAUGGUGAAAAAUGCUUCACAGGAGAUGCCUAAGAGUGGAUCUUCCUCUCCUGCCCAAAAUAACCUCGUGGGCCGCAGAAUUUCCCACUUCUGGAAGGAAGAUAAUGGGGACGUCACUCAUUGGAAGGCUACAGUCCUGGAGCAGGUUGCUGUAAUGCCGUCUCUCUAUCUGGUAAAAUAUGACAACAUCGACUGUGUGUAUGGAUUAGAACUAUACAACGACAAGAGAAUAAUAUUCCUUGAAGUUCUUUCUGAAAGGGUGGAAAUUUCCGAAGGCCCUGAUCCCAUGCUUGCCGAUGACAUAAUUGGAAAAGAGGUGGCACACCUCUUUGAGGAAGACUGUGGACUUAAGACUCACUGGAGGGGGAUGGUCCUGGGUCUAGCACCAGUGUUAACAACCUUUUUCUAUAUUACCUAUGAGAAAGAUCCAAUCCUGUAUAUGUACCAGCUUCUGGAUGAUUAUAAAGAAGGCAAUCUCCGUAUCAUUCCAGGCUUGGAUGAGGCUCCUCCACAAGAAGUAGAUCUGGGAAUUGAAGGUGGUCUAAUAGGCAAACGUAUAGAAUACAAAAACGAAGAUGGAUCUUCUAGAAUUGGGAAGGUGAUCCACCAAGUUGAAUCAAAACCAUCUGUAUAUUUUAUCAAAUUUGAGGAUGAUUUCCAUAUCUAUGUCUAUGAUAUGGUGAAAAGGAUCUGA